UCUCUAAUAUCCGUGAAGUCGAUGCGGCUUUUAUUUUAUUUUAUUAAUUAAAAAAUGGCAUUAUCGCGUGGCAAACCUGAACAGUUGCCUAAGGAUGCAGUGCUGAUAACAGAGGACCAGGCCCUGAGAUAUCAGUGGAAGAUCAUAACAGCCUGGGACAAGAUUGGAGAAGUUUGGUCCCUGCGUUAUACGCCCGGCAUUCUCAGUGCAAUGGCAGCGGCUACGGGUGCCUACGUUAAUAAUCAUUACCGCACACGAUUACGACUGGGCAGCCAUGGUCGCCUUUCCAGUUAUUUGCCAAUUGUUGCUGUGCCCGCGAUAUUCACAAUGUUGAGUCACAAAUUCUUCAUACAGCGGCCAAUUCUCCUAGAUCCAUUGUCCGAGUGCCCUGUCUGCACCCAAGUACGUAGUGCCGCCUUUCAAACUGCAAUGGGCGUGGUUUAUCCCACGAUAUUGGCGCCAUUUGCUGCAUUUAUGUUCGCCACGAGAUGCUUCACCUACCGACUGCCGUCAAUAACAGAGAAUCCCAAAGAGGUGCUCAUGUUGUAUAGGAAAUUCACACGCCCAAUUGUGCCCGCCCUCAGUACUAUAAUCGCCAUACAGGCUUUUAUUACAAUGUAUCUGACUGGUCAGGAGGAGAAGCAGAACUUUAGCUUAAUGCUGCGCAUGAAGGAAAUUGAGCAUCAACUUGAAGAGCAGCACAUGCCACAGCGAAUUGACAUUUAAAUUAAAUGAAUUGUUAUAUUGUUCUUUAAGUAAAUGUAAAUACAUUUGGUACUAUACAAUUUAUACUUUUGCGCCAACAAAAGUAUCGAUAAAGGGAAA